AUGGAAGAAGACCCCCCGGGGAAGGACGGUUUCGAGGCUGGGAUCGAUGAUGUGGAGACGGACGUGGUCGAAAUCGAAGCGAAGCUGGACAAGCUGGUGAAGCUGUGCAGCGGGAUGAUUGAAGCUGGCAGGGCCUACGUCAGCGCCAACAAGCUCUUUGUUAACGGCAUCAAAGAUCUGUCCCAGCAGUGCAAGAAGGAGGAGAUGAUAUCGGAAUGCCUUGAAAAGUGUGGAGAAAGCCUCCAGGAGAUUGUCAACUAUCACACGAUCUCUUCCUUGAUGGAGAUCAUCAACUCCAUCGAAACCUGGGAGGCAGGGAACACCCACACCGUCAUGCAGAGCUGCAUGCUGCAAGCCGAGUCUGAGAAGCUGCGGCAGGCCUGGAUCCAAGCGGUCCAGGCGAGCAUCGCUUCUGCCUACAAAGACAUCGGCGACAACUAUUACGUCGAGCGUUUGGACCGGACGGCUUCGCCCUCCACCAGCAGCAUCGACUCUGCCAGCGAGCCCCGGGAGAGGGGGGAGAGGGCUGACAAGGCGUUUCGGGGAGGGGGGGAGAGUCUCCUCCAGCGGGUACAGAACCUGCCAGGCAACGAGCUGUGCAGCGACUGCAGCCAAGCGGCUCCGUGCUGGGCCUCCAUCAACCUGGGAGUGCUGCUCUGCAUCGAGUGCUCGGGGAUCCACAGGAGUUUAGGAGUCCAUUUUUCUAAAGUGCGUUCGCUGACGUUGGACUCGUGGGAGCCAGAAUUACUCAAGCUGAUGUGUGAGUUGGGAAACACUGUGAUCAACAACAUCUAUGAGGGAGCCUGCGAGGAACUGGGAGCUAAAAAACCUGCACCCUCCAGUUCAAGGCAGGAGAAGGAGGCCUGGAUCAAGUCUAAGUAUGUUGAGAAACGCUUCGUCAAAAAGAUGAGUGGGGGAGACGCGCUGGUGGAGGGGGAGAGGAAGUCCCGCCCGUGGACGGUGAAGAAAUGCCAGAGACACAGCAGUUCUGUCCGGGCCCCCAACAAGACCCGCAGGAAAUACCAUCGCUACGAACCUGGCUGCGCCUCGCCUGCAAACCUCUCAGCAGCAGCUGCAGCAAAGUUUCGCCGGGACUCCCUGUUCUGUCCAGAUGAGCUGGACUCGCUCUUUUCCUACUUCGACACCGGCUCUGGGCCUCGCAGUCUCAGCAGCGACAGCGGCUUAGGGGGAAGUACCGACGGCAGCACGGAUAUCCUGGUUUUUGGCUCUGUAGUGGACAGUGUAACAGAGGAAGAAGAGGAGUCGGAGGAGUCUUCCAGUGGUGAGGUGGAAAUCGAACAGGAAGUGUCUUCAGACCCCGAGGAUCCGAGGGAGUUGCACCCAGGGGCGCUGCUUUACCGGUCGUCCCGUCUUCACAACUUGCCGCUCAUGGCAGAGGCGUUGGCUCACGGGGCUGACGUGCACACAGCCAACGAAGAAGAGGAAGGAAAAACGCCUCUCAUUCAAGCUGUGAUCGGGGGUUCUUUGAUAGCUUGUGAGUUCUUGCUGCAGAACGGGGCCGACGUGAACCAGAGGGACAUGAGAGGCAGGGGCCCGCUGCACCACGCCACCUAUCUGGGACACACUGGUCAGGUGUGUUUGUUCCUAAAGAGAGGAGCUUCGCAGACGGAGGCGGAUGAGCAGGGUCACGAUCCGCUCAGUAUUGCUGUCCAGGCCGCAAACGCAGACAUCGUUACCCUGUUGCGUCUGGCACGGAUGAACGAGGAGAUGCGCGAGGCGGAGGGUCCGUUGGGUCAACCAGGUCAAUACCCGAGCAGCAGCCCCACUGAGCAGCAGUACAGGAAGUGCAUCCAAGAAUUUAUCUGCCUCACCAUAGAUGAAAGCUAGUGGUCACGGCUACGCCUGGGAGAAUAGCUCGCCCUCUGUGUAUAAAUCACCUCCUCCUGACUGGGAACCUGAUCGUGAUGAAGUUGCCCCUAGACACUGAUCUCGAGUCUGUUGCUUCUGUAGAUCUAGGCUAACAGGCAACUUCAUACAAACGGAGCGUUCUAAGGGGGGCGGAGGUUACAUUGAGGUGUGCCAAAGGGACACCCCUGAUGGAGCUUUCUAACUCCACUGACAAUACAGUCACCACCUCCAUUUUCUGCUUGUUAUAUUACCUGGCACAUGACACACACAGUACAUCUACACCUGCUUUCUGGUGUUUCACUAACAGGGUUCUUUUCUAACUUAAAGCAGUAGUUUAGACUUUUGAAUUGGGAACAGUUAAUAUCUUACCUGUUGUAGGUAGCUCUUUGAACAGCCUCAGUUUGCAGAAAUAGUUCAGUUUUGAUUGAACUGACAAGCUAACGGCUCAUUCGAGACCAAUGCGGAUGGCUGCUGUCUUAAAACAAAUCCAGCUGCAAGUGCAUAAAGCAACUGCAGCAGCUAGCUGAAGCGCUUCCUGUGCACCUCGGUGCGCUUUGAACAGGAAUGUGAUAAUGUUCCUUCCAGAAUGACACUGUACUGCAAAAACGAAGACAUUUUAAAGUUUUGUAAAAUAGAACAAAACUUUCUUUGCCCAAAUUAAAGCUCUUCAAAGGGCUAUCUAAAACAGGUAAGAUAUUUACGACUGAGCUAUCCCUUUAACAUAAUGUGAUGUAACCUCCAACUUGGGUUAUUUCUGACUAACAGCUCUUAACCUCUGAAGAAUCUCACUGCAUUAACCCUCUUACACUUUCUAUGUAUCCAGACCAUCUGUAUGACGUCCACCUUACCCAUCUCUUCUGGACCAGAGAUGUAAAUAUACAUAUUUAGAAGACUAGAAACUGUGUACUGUGGCAUGAGGUGAACAAAUGAUAUCUGUUCCAUUACCAAAAGAAAAAAAAAA